UGCGAACGGCUGCCCUUCACUGUCCGGCGGCUCCACGAAAUGGCGGCUCCCCGCGGGCGGCGGCUGCGCUUGCUGUGGUGCGGCCGGCGCUGGUUCUCGCAGGCGGAGCCCGUCGUAAUCCCGCCGUCCGCCGACUCGCUCUACCCGCCCGUCGUGGCCUCUGCCACGGCGAAGAGCAAAGCGGCCAAGCGGCGGCGCCUGGAGCACUUCAAACAGCGGGUGCACGCGGCGGCCUCCGUCGAGGAGAAGCUGCGGCUCUACGGGCUACGGCAGCGGCCCAAGUACAUGGUGUACCCGCAGACGUUCGCCCUCAACGCCGACCGGUGGUACAGGAGCUUCACCAAGACUGUCUUCGUGCCGGGGCUGCCCACGAAAGCGGCGUCGGCAGCCGCGAAAGGCGCGGGAGCGGCGGCGCCGGAGGGAGCGGUGGGCGCGGCUCCCUGGCCCGCCCGAGCCCCAGCGCCAGGACCGACGGCACCAGAGGCUGCGACAGCCCCCGAGGGCGCGGCGGGAGCGGGGCCCUACCUAGAUAUGGGCGAGCUGCGCUCCCUUGCCUGCGACGCCCUCCUGCAAGAGAGCUUCUACCAGCACAAGAAGCGGCCCUUCCUCUACCGCGAUCAGGAUCACACGCCUGGCCCGUUCCUCACGCAGCUCGUCUCCUCCCUCGCCGCUUUCCUGUGCGGUCGCAACCCGCUGCUGGCUGCCUCCUCCCUUGAUCUAAAACCUGAGGUUAACUACUACUGGCAUCAUGGUGAGGAAGUUGUUGUUCAUGGACACCGAAAGGGUAGAGUUGAUCCUGUGCGAUUUCAGAUAGAUGAUAACCCGCACCUCCAGAUCCGUGUACCAAAGCAGCUUCCAGAGAUUGUACCCCUGGAGUCAGAUCUUGGAGAUGUUCCUGUUAUUGACCACAAACCAUCCAAGCUGCCGUUGUUCAAAAAGCAAUAUGAAAACAAGGUAUUUAUAGGAUCAAAGGUAGCAGAUCCAUGUUGUUAUGGACACACCCAGUUUCAUCUUAUUCCUGAUAAACUAAAACGGACAAGGUUUAUAAGAGCAAAUCUUGAGGAUCAGAUUGAAGUUCUGUAUCGAGCCAAUGGUAUUGCAAGUCUCUUUGCCUGGACAGCAGCACAAGCAAUGUAUCAAGGGUUCUGGAGUGAAGCAGAUGUGACCCGUCCUUUUGUAUCACAGGCAGUAGUGACUGAUGGAAAAUACUUUGCUUUCUUUUGUUACCAGCUAAAUACUUUAGCAUUAACUGUAGAAACUAUUAAAAAUAACCCUCGAAAGAAUAUCUGUUGGGGUACAGACAGUAAGCCAUUGUAUGAUGUUGUGGAAGAUGGUAGUGUGAAGGGCUUUAAUGAUGAAGUUCUGAUGCAGUUGGUUCGUUUUCUGUUAAACAGACCAAAAGAGUUGUAAAUCAUUAAAUAGUAAACUAUUCCUGUUCAUGUGCCUGAACUUCAUUGUAACUCCAUGAAAUGUGGGCUAGAAUAUGCCUUGCUCUUAAUAAAGUAUUGGUCUAGCAAACGCUAUAUACAUAAUUUGUGAUAUUUGCGCCUUAUUUCUUUGUUUUAAAUGUGUGAUGCUGUACACUGAAAAAUAAAUGUGUAGAACACA